CUGGUAAUGUCUUACCCCAAGAUUCCACAUACUCCGUCACCUCUCUGUCCCACUCACAGCAGCAUCAUGAUGGGGAAGAUGUUGUUGGGACUCUUGUUUCUUCUAGACUGGGUGGUCCUCUCCACCUGCAUCCUCCCUCAGUACUAUUUUGUCAAUACAUUAUUGAAUUGGACUGAAGCUCAGACCUACUGCAGACAGAGGAAUGCAGACCUGGCCACCAUCCUAAACUCUGAGGAACAGAACCAAAUAAUCCAAACUCUUACCUCUGCUGGACACCGCUAUAAUGUCUGGUUUGGUCUUUUUAAUGAAGUCGACUGGAAAUGGUCUGAUGGUUACACUGGGAAUGGAUCUGACUACAGAAAUUGGGCAUUAAAUCAUCCAACACGGCAUGACCUUAAUGAGCUAUGUGUAGGAUCACAUUAUAGUGGAGGAUGGUUUGAUGCUGACUGCGCAGGACGCCGCCAGUUUUUGUGUUACAAAGGCUCACACUUGGAUCCUGAAUUUGUUUAUGUGAAUACAAUAAUGAACUGGUCCAAUGCUCAGAUUUACUGUAGAGAGAACUUUGUUGACCUGGCCUCCAUAAAAGAUUAUACAGAGUACCAGCAGGUGCAGAGGCUGAUACCUACAUAUUACUAUCCAUGGAUUGGUCUAUAUAGAGAUCCAAAUCUUCACUGGUCUAAUGGGAGCAGCGUCCUCUUCACCAACUGGGAUACCUAUGGUAUUUUUAUUGGCUCCAAGACAGUCAUGUGUGGUGCUACAUCUACUCAGAGAUCAGGAAAAUGGAGGUUUUUGCACUGUGAAACAAGGUUACCAUUUGUCUGUUAUGGUCCUCCAGCUAUAAAAAAGAUUGUGAAGCUCAGACUCCAGUCAGAGGACUCUGUGGAUCUGAAUGACCCUGUUCUAAGAGGAAACAUCCUGAAAAAGCUUCAGAACAAACUGCAGGAGAACGGAGUGAGUGGAGUUACCCUGAAGUGGAGCGAGCAGCCUGAUGGGAAAGUCUUCAAAAAGGAGAAGAAAGAAUUAUAA